AUGACUGUUUUAGAAGGGCAAGAUAUUUUCGUUGAAGAUUUUAUAAAACAAGAAGAAUUAAUAAAAGAUUCAUUGCAACCCAGUGAAAUACAAAAAUUUUAUGAAAAUUCAACAAUUUUAUUAACCGGUGCAACUGGAUUUCUGGGGAAAAUAUUAUUAGAAAAAUUAUUGAGAUCAUGUCCGAAAAUUAAAACAAUUUACGUUUUAUUAAGAUGUAAAAAGGGAAAAUCAAUCGAAAAAAGAAUGGAAGAAGAGUUUAAAGAACCGAUAUACGAAAUGCUAUUGAGAAAAUAUCCAAAUUGCAUGGAAAAAAUAAAAUUAAUCAAUUCGGAUCUUAGUCAAGAUGAAAUAUUAUCACCAGAAGAUAGGAAAAAAUUAAUAAAAGACGUUAGUAUUGUCAUACAUUGUGCUGCAACCGUUAGAUUUGAUGAAAAAUUACGUCACGCAUUUAAAACAAAUGUUAAUUCGACAAAAUAUUUUUUAACAAUGGCAAAAGAAAUGAAAAAUUUAAAAGUUUUCAUUCAUGUUUCAACAGCUUAUUCAAAUUGCGUUUUAAGAGAAAUUCCAGAAAAAGUUGUUAAACACAAAUAUAAUUAUAAAAAAAUGAACGAUCUUAUUAAUUCUAUAGAUGAUGAUUUAUUAGAUAAAAUAACGCCUCAAAUACUUGAUAAUUGGACAAAUACUUACGUAUUUACGAAAUCCAUAGCAGAAGGAACAGUUCAAGAAUAUGGCAAAGGAUUACCUGUUGGCAUAUUUAGACCGAGCAUAGUUAUUAGUACGUACAGAGAACCGUUAAGAAAUUGGGUUAAUAAUUAUUACGGUCCUCAAGGUGUCGUUUUUGGUGCGGGUAUCGGAUUGUUAAGAACAUUUUUAUGCGAUGAAAAUAAUAUUGCCGAUAUGGUACCCGUGGAUAUGGUUUGUAAUGCAAUUAUUGCAAUGGCUUGGGAUGUUGCACAAAUAAAGAAUGAAAAUCCAAAUUUCGAACAAUUAACAUGGAAAGAUGAUGUAAAAGAUGAUAAUAAUUCAAAUGAUAAUGAUAAUGAUGAUUUAAUUGUUAUGAAUUACGUAUCGUCGAAUAAAAAUCCAAUAAGUUGGGGAAAAUUUUUGGAUUUAAAUUACGAAUUCCGACAUGAAAGUUAUUCAAAAGUAAUGCUUUGGCAUUCAUCAUUAACGUUAAUGAAAGCUUAUGAAAAAAUUCAUAGAUUUUCAAAAAUAAUAGCAUAUUUUUGUUUAAACACGUGGAAAUUCGAAGAAAAAGCAACGACAAAUCUCUGGAAUAAAAUGUCGGACAAAGAUAAAGAAAUUUUCUUUUUCAACAUAGAAGAAUUGGAUUGGAAUUUUUAUUUGCGUAAUUAUUUAAAAGGAUUAAGAGUGUAUUUAGCUAAGGAUGAUUUGAGCACGCUACCGGAAGGCCGUAGAAAAGCAAAAAAAUUAUUUAUAGCUCAUUACACUUUAGUCACGUUACUUUAUUUGCUGGGACUUUAUAUAUUGUGGCGAAUUUAUUCUAUCAUAUUUUAA